CACACAGAAGAGAGAGACACCCAGUAGAGCAGGUCCUCCCUCCAGUGUCUAUGAGGUUUGUACGGAAGCGCUCUGUUCAGAAAGAGAAGAAUGUUACAGUUCCCGGGGUUCAUGAAACAGUACCCAUGGUCAACAAGGACCAUUCCGACGUCGUUUUUGCUUCCAGCCCAGUGGCCCCAACCCCACAGCGAGGAGCUCCUCCUCGCCAUGGAGGAGUCCGAUUUCGAAGAGAAGUGCAACGAAAUCAGAAAGAGUAGCAGCAGCAUGUCUGUGAUUGGGAAAACCGCUGUCGACAACGAUAAAGAAGACUACGACAAUGAUCCAGACGACGACGACGUAGACAAUGCAGAGGACUCCGAGGGGGAAGAGUUUGAGCAGGAAACCAGUUGAAAUUGCUGCCUACCCUCGUUCUGUUUCUGUUUGGACGGCCACAAACCUACAUCGAAUGCGGCUUUAAGUUCUUUACGCAUAUCAUCAUACAUUAUCUUAAACAAAUUUGCUGAAUUGUGCGACUUCUCUCUAUGGAUAAAGAUAAAGCUUGUGCCUUUUGUGUU